AUGGCUGGGUCGUCUUUUGAGGCGCCUCAAAAUAUGGCUGGGUCGUCUUUUGAGGCGCCUCAAAAUAUGGCUGGGUCGUCUUUUGAGGCGCCUCAAAAUAUGGCUGGGUCGUCUUUUGAGGCGCCUCAAAAUAUGGCUGGGUCGUCUUUUGAGGCGCCUCAAAAUAUGGCUGGGUCGUCUUUUGAGGCGCCUCAAAAUAUGGCUGGGUCGUCUUUUGAGGCGCCUCAAAAUAUGGCUGGGUCGUCUUUUGAGGCGCCUCAAAAUAUGGCUGGGUCGUCUUUUGAGGCGCCUCAAAAUAUGGCUGGGUCGUCUUUUGAGGCGCCUCAAAAUAUGGCUGGGUCGUCUUUUGAGGCGCCUCAAAAUAUGGCUGGGUCGUCUUUUGAGGCGCCUCAAAAUAUGGCUGGGUCGUCUUUUGAGGCGCCUCAAAAUAUGGCUGGGUCGUCUUUUGAGGCGCCUCAAAAUAUGGCUGGGUCGUCUUUUGAGGCGCCUCAAAAUAUGGCUGGGUCGUCUUUUGAGGCGCCUCAAAAUAUGGCUGGGUCGUCUUUUGAGGCGCCUCAAAAUAUGGCUGGGUCGUCUUUUGAGGCGCCUCAAAAUAUGGGUGGGUCGUCUUUUGAGGCGCCUCAAAAUAUGGCUGGGUCGUCUUUUGAGGCGCCUCAAAAUAUGGAGUUGGCAGAUCGUAGCAGAGCUUCAGGAGGGCCGGGCCUGUUGCCCUGUGGAUGGCUGGAGGGCGGAGGAGGGGGGAAGAGGGGUGAGAGAAGAGAUUAA